AUGCCUGCAGGCAGUGAAUGCCCAGCUGUACGCUCGGCGUCCUUUUUGAUCAAGGCCUUUAGCCUUUUGCUGCGGACAAAAGAGUGUAGCUCCUUCGGUUUGCACUGCUGCGCUGUGUGUCCCCACGGAGUGCAUUCUACAGUGGCGCCGGAGCUGGCUUGCGAUCCUGGGCGCGCGGCUGUGAACUCCGACUUUGCCAAGCCGAUCAGGACCACCCUCUACUGCCCGAUUCUCCGGGUCUUCUACGUGGUCUUGGCAGUCUCGCAGUUUCCACCCUGUCUCUUGACCUUCGUGAAGAAGAUGGCCGAGGCAAAGGAUGCAGGAACGAGCUCUUGGUUCAAGGUCCCCACUUGGGACGGGCAAAGGGGUGAAGAAUUCACGCCCAAGGAGUUGGAGUACAAGAAGGCCGUGAAGUCGACCGUUCUGGACAAGAGAGGUGCGCUUCGGACACAGUUCUAUCUUGAGCUGGCCAGGCGGCCGGGCGAGAGACUUUCCGAGUUUUGCUCCCGCUUCCGGACGAUCGUGGCUGACUUGAAGGCCGAGGGCGUGGUUCUUCCUGACUCCGAGGUGGGAUGGUUCUUGAAAGAGAAGAUCGGGCUUGAUCCUUUGAGGAAGCAACUUCUCGACACUGCGCUGGCGGGCAAAGAAGGCUAUGGAAUCAUAGAGGCGGAGGCUCUUCGACUGUUCAAGGACCUUCACGCCAGCGACCCCCUUUACAGGAAUCCGGCCCUGGACCUCGUCGACGGCGCGAUCCAGAUCUUCUUCUAUGGCUUCCUCGACUUCUCGUCCUCCGAAGGCGAGGAUGACACGGAAGAGGUCUUUGACGCUGACGCGGCGGAGGCCCAGCCUUCCCUGGAGAGGGUUCUCCAAACGGAGGCAGAAGUUCUGGCAGCUGAGCUAGAGCAAGCGGCGGAGGCACCCUUUCAGAACGGCGUCUGUGAGAGAGCGGGCGGUGUGCUCAAAGGUCUGGUGGGCUCCAUUGUGGUGCAACACGCCAUCCUGAACCGCGACGAGAUGGCGGACGCUGUGGCGGAGGCUGUCGCGGCCUACAACUCUGACAUCAACGAGUUUGGAACCUCUCCACUUCAGGCCGUGGCUGGGCGCCAAGCUCUUCCCUUGGGUGACACGCUGGCGGACUUUAACCAACGCUUGGCAGAGCACUCCUUGAUCACCGAGAAGCCGUCCUUGGCGAGUGGCUAUGCGCGAGACGGCCCGGCAUGCCGCGUCAACUUGGACGAGAUCCCCGAGCCUGGCGACAUCGUCUUCUUCUGGUGCCAGACCAAGGUGAACCCUCGCAAGAAGGACGCAGCGGCCAUCACGGAGGUGAUCGAUGAAGCGGCUAAAGACCGUGUGGCCGUGGACCUGGACGAGUCGAGUCGAGGCGGUUGGCCUGCCGGCGGGCGUGGGCGCGCUCUCCCCGGGCGAGCUGGCGGAGGCUAUGUCGGCGCCUCCUUCGAGGAGGUCUUCACUUUUGGUGCCCGAGACACCGGGUCCUUGGACGAUGCGGUGGCAGAGCGAUACUCGAGGCCUAAAGCGCUCGGCUUCGGGGUCAAGCUCGACAAGUACCCCCGCAGCUUCCUGAAGAAUCUCGACAACCACCGGCGAGAGUUCACCUACAGCAAGCUCUCGUCGGAGAACAAGGCGCUCUUUGGCGAGGCGGCGGUGGCUGGAUGGAAGGCCUACGUGGAUAAUGAUGCCGUGGAAGUGCUUUCUAUGGCUGAAAGCGCCAGAGUGCGCCAGGAGCUGGCGCGCCGUGGAGAAGCAGAUCGUGUGAUGAAACCGCGCUUUGUGCUGGUUGACAAGCACGAGCCCCUUCGGACCAAGGAGCACGAUCUUCCGAUCAAGGCUUCUGCUCGUCUUGUUGUCCCUGGAUACAAAGACCAUAGCAACUUGAACAACUUGGUGCACAGGGACGCUCCUACGGGGAGCCGUCUGGCUCAGCACUUCUUGUUCUGCGUGGCGGCAGCUCAUCCACUUUGGCGUCUGAUGAGCGGGGACGUUAAGGCGGCGUUCCCAAAGGGAGAUGAGUUCAUAGCCAGCUGGCCAGAGUCAAGAAAUGCAUAUUUGGCCUCUCAGACGCGCCACGUGUUUGGUGGGAAGACUUCACCAUCCGGCCACCGAGAGCUUUCUGGAAUCUUGGUCGCGCACGUCGACGACUUGCUCCUUUCUGGAGAUGACGAGGCCAAGGUUUCCUUUGACAAGGUCGGCCACGAGCUUGGAUAUGGUUCCGUUGAGUGCGAGGACUUCGUGCGGUGCGGGAAGCGCAUCCGAAGAGCUGAAGACGGGACCAUCCGGCUUUCAAUGGUGGAAUACCGCCGCAACCUUCGAGAGGCUGAGCUUCCGGCGAGCCGACGUCGGGACCCUAUAGCUGACGCAGCCCUGUCGGACUACGAACGACGUCAACUUCGAGCCGUUCUUGGCAGCCUGCAAUGGCUUGUGGCGCAGCCUCGCUUUGACAUGGCCUUUACUGUGUCCUCUCUUCAGAGUGCCGAACCAUCCGCGCGAAUGCCGAUCGACUACCGGACGGCUGGGCUCAUGGUGGUUACCGACGCCUCCUUGGGCAGUGUGAAGCUCAACGGUUCCUGUGAGGGGUCGUCGUAUGCGGCAGAGCUUCUUGGGGCUGAGGAAGCCUUCGAUGUUGGACUUCUUUGCCGAGGGUUCCUGGCGAGCCUCAGAGACAAGGAGGUGCUUGGGAAGCUUGCGGAACAGUCCUUGGCUACGAUCCCCCUCACCGUGGUCGUGGAUGCCAAGGACGUGCGCGACAAAGGCAACAGCGACACUAGCAGCUAUGGAACUCAGAAGUUCCUGGCUUUCACUGUUGCCUGGCUGCGUUCGGACAUGGACCUGACUCACAUGAGGAACACGAUGAAGUCUGGUGAGUGGGGAGCUAAGCGCCGCGCUACUUCGACCUCAGCGUCUUCGGCUAGUUCGACGGCCCUUCCUGGCGACGACCUCCUCAACAACGACCCGAUUCUCGGCUACGUCCUGAAGCUGUCCAGUCAGCGCGGCUGGCGUAACGAGGGCGAGCUUGGCGUGAAGGUGGCACAGAACGCGCGUUCGCUGAGAACUCCUGAGCCUCGCUUUGCUAGUGCAGCUUUGCCGUUUCGUACAACCUUUGGUUGCUUUGAACUGAGCGGAAAGCUCGUGUGGAAGGCUUUGGAACGUAGCGUGAAGUAUGUGGAGCUGGCAAAUCAGGCUGUUGCCUGUGACAGCUCUGAGCUUAGUGACGUUCUUUCAUGCUAG